ACCGGCAACCCAUUAAUCAGGGGCAGAAGAAAAUUGUCAAAACAAUUCUGCUGGAGAAAAACUAUUUCAUCAUUUUUUGUGUAAAAUAAGUGAGAAUUCCGUGAAAAUGUCUUCAAAAGGCAAAAUUCUAUCGCUCUACAAGCUAAUGCUGCGAGAAUCACAGAAAUUCACUUCCUACAACUACAGAGAAUAUGCUCGAAGGAGGAUAAGGGAUGGCUUCCGGGACAACAAGGCACUCUCAGAUUCACAAACAAUAGAGAAUCAGAUUAAAUAUGCAAAUGAUAAUCUCCAAAUAAUUCAACGACAGGCACUAAUUGGUGAUCUCUACAAGACAGAUAAGUUGGUGAUUGAGAAGUAGUUGGUGGAGACGACUGUGUACAGUGAAGCACGAUGGGAUAUUCAGAGACUCAAAUCUUUAUUAGUGUUGUUGAAUUGUAAAAGAAAACUUUGAUUCAUUACAGCAUUUAUUUAGUUUAAAAGA